AAACCCUAAUCCACCUUCUUCCUUACUUCUUCCUAUCCUUCAUACCUCCUUCAUGGACUCUAUCUUCUUCUUGGAAGCUGAAGCUCGCCGCCUUUUUCUUCGUGAUGUCGGCCGAACUCUUGGCUGUCUCUACAUCUCUUUAUGGUCUUACAUCCCUCCACCUUCCAAUUGUCUUGUUUGCAUGGAUGCAUGGUUCCAUGAGGAUGAUGCUACUCAACCUUCUACUACUUCCUUUUUGAGUGUUCCUCAAAGACUCUUUGAUGCUUAUAAGAGAUCCUUUUGUUCCAUCCAAGAUAGUUCUGUUCCUGGUGUUGCCUUCAAACAAGGCUUGCCAUACUUUGAACUAAGGGAAUCAGAGUUAAUCACUUCAGCUUAUUCGCAAGUUCAACAACACUUCUAUCAGGAAGCUGGAGUUAAGACUGCUGUUUUUCUUGGAUGCAAUGGAGGAGAGGCUGAAAUUGGAAUGCCUACAUUGCCCAAUAUGAUGAACAUGCAAAUGGAUAUAAGACAAAUUUUCACAGAAUUAAUUCCCACUGAUCUUAGCAAGCCUUCAUCAUCAUCAUCAUCUUCACUGAGAUCACUCUCCAUCGGCAGCCCCGAAUACUCACCUCUCCUUCUCAACAAGCCUUCAACUACUCACUUCGACGAUAAUUUUCGUGAUACCGCCACCAAACAAGCAACUCCACCUUCCUACUUAUUAACGAUGCAAGCCUCCGGCUUCAAUCAAUACCAACAAACUUGGUUUCCAAACCAGUCGAGUGAAGACGACGCAAUGACAAAGGCAAUGCUUGCUGUGAUUUCAUCAUCUUCACCUUCUUCUCAUCCUCCUCCUCCUCCUCCUCCAAAGUUAAACCAACCAGUUGGUGCAUUUAGACUUUAUAAUCCAUCACUUGCUCCAAGAACUGAUCCCAAGAACACCACAUGGCACAGCCAAAAGAUGAUCAAGAUGGCCAUUGCUCUUUCAAAAAGAAUCAAUCUCAUUAAGUUCAAAUCUGCAGCAGUACUCCAAGAUCAAAGGCCAACUAGUAAUCAGUUACAUCAUAUGAUAUCCGAGCGAAAACGGAGAGAAAAACUCAAUGAGAGCUUCCUUGCUCUCAGAAAUCUCCUCCCUCCUGGUUUUAAGAAAGACAAAGCUUCAGUUCUAGCAAACACAAAGGACUAUCUCAACACUCUGAAAGCUGAGAUUUCUGAACUUAAACAAAAGAAUGAAAUACUAGAAAAGAAGCUCUUGUUUGCUGAUGAAAUCCCAGAAAAUGCUGAUGAUGAUUCAAAUGAAAAAUUCAAGGUUCAAAUCACAAGACUCUCUGAAUCAACCUCACAAGGCCAAAGAAUCACCCUCACAAUAGAUGUCAGGGAAGAAUGUGAUAUAAUAGUUUUCAUCCUUCGGGUUCUCGAAUGUCUUAAAUCGAUGAGUUUUAUAAAUUUGGUGUCGAUCAAUGCGAGCACAUUGCCGCCACACAUACAUAUGUUCGCACGAGGAACACUAACGUUACAAAUCGAAGCUAGUGACUGGGAUGAAGCUUCUUUCAAAGAGACAGUGACUCGGAUGGUGGCCAGGACGUUGGCACGGCCGGAGACGGAGUCAUGAAGUUUGCUGGAAUGGUCGCCGGAGAUUGAGAAAACACUAGUUAAUGAUGAAAGAUAUAUAUAUAUAUAUUAUCUUUUAAUUGUAUGGUCAAAAAGCUAGUUAUUAUUAAGCUAAUGAGGGGAUUAGUAGUUAAUCCUUGAAGGUUUAGGUAAGACGGCGAGUUUGACUGACUGACUGAGUUGU